AUGAAGAGACAAACCAAAUUUAACGGUUUGCAAGUUCACCACCUUGUUCCUGUCCUUGUUGUUCAUGUUUUUGAGAGAUGCCACGUGUCAAAUGGGCCUAUAUUCAACAAUAAUAUUGACGGCCCAACAGUCUCGUGGGCCCAUAAAGGUAAGUUGGUGCUGACUGUAUCUGUACGUAUGUCUGUAUAUAAAUAUGCUAAUAUGUGA